AUGGAAAACUACUUCGAUCCGAAACUGUGCGACGACCUGCGCACCCCUUCUCCCGGGGGAACUUUAUUCCAGAGGGGAGUCGCCACCUAUGAGGGGACUUUUAGUGAUGAUGAGGAGGUUGUGGUGAAGGGGUAUCUAGUGGCGGUUGUGGAUCCUGACGUAGGCGUGAACGGUGUUGUAUCGAAGGUAGAAGUUUCUGACGUAGGCGUGAACGGUGUUGUAUCGAAGGUAGAAGUUUCUGACGUAGGCGUGAACGGUGUUGUAUCGAAGGUAGAAGUUUCUGACGUAGGCGUGAACGGUGUUGUAUCGAAGGUAGAAGUUUCUGACGUAGGCGUGAACGGUGUUGUAUCGAAGGUAGAAGUUUCUGACGUAGUCGUCAUCGGUGCCGUAGUGAAGGUCGAUGGUCCUGACGUAGUCGUAAACGGCGUUGUAGUGAAGGCUGGGAGUCUCGGCGUUGUCGUUGUCAUUUUUGUCUUGGUGGGUGGGAGUGUUGGUGUAGGCGUUGUUGGCGUUGUGGUGAUAUUGGUUGGUCCUGACGUAGUCCUUGUCGGCUCUUUAGUCGUCAUCGCAGAUCCUAUCGAAGUCGGAAUCUCUUGCGUGUUUUAUGAGCUGUUGGUGCUACGA